UCGGUCUCGUCGCGGGUAAGCUACAAAGAACUCUUUUCCUUCUCUUUCUCUCUUUCUCGCUCGCUCGCGUGGGAGACGAGACUUCCAUCGAAACCCUAAUCCUGAAGAUUUCGAUCCCUAAAUUGGUGCACAGCCUUCAUCGAUCGUGUUGUCGGCGGUGGCCGGCGUUCUCGCUCGGUGAAUCGGCGUCUCGAGAGCUUCAAGAUGGUGGCGGCGAAUCAGGAAAUGGCGGUCUACUGCUUCGAUACGCUGGUGGCGCACUACACGGGCGAGGAAGCGCCGCCCCCGGCCUUUGAUGAAGGGGAGCACCCACUGUUUGUUACUUGGAAGAAAGCGGUCAAUGGUGGUGAGCCACGCCUGCGGGGGUGCAUUGGAACUCUGGAAGCACGUGACAUAAUCACUGGGUUUAGAGACUAUGCUUUAACAAGCGCUCUGAGGGAUCGACGCUUCCCUCCAAUACAAGCUAAAGAAAUACCUUAUUUGGAAUGUACAGUUUCUGUUCUAGCUGAUUAUGAAUCUGGUCUCCACUAUCUUGAUUGGGAGGUCGGAAAGCAUGGUUUAAUUAUUGAAUUUACUGACCCUGAUUACAAUGCAAGGCGUAGCGCAACAUACUUGCCUGAAGUGGCUGCUCAUGAGGGUUGGACGAAGGUAGAGGCAAUAGACUCUCUGAUGCGCAAAGCAGGCUACAAUGGUCUCAUCACAGAGUCACUCCGCAAGCGAAUUCGUCUAACCCGCUACCAGAGCACUCUCUACACCAUGCACUACGGCGAUUACGUUGCCUACCUCAAGAACACUCGUGGUGAGCCCCCGGCAAUUGCCGGGGCACCGAAACCUCAUCAUUGAUCUAGUGAAUAUGGCAAGGGUACAUUACUCUUGUGUUUCAAUGGGGAAUAAGAUUGGAAUUUACAAGAAUCCAUCCGCUUCUCCAUAAGUUAUUUCUUCAAAACUGAAAAUUGCCAGUAACUGUGACUGCUGGGGUUUGUUUAAGAUGCAUUAUCUAUGACUGUAUUUAACAAUUUGGAACUUUCUUUGUGUGAUGACUGACUUGUGGAUGAUGGUUUGGCAUCUUCACCUAUUGAAGUCUAUUUAAGACUGCAAUGUGGUGUUUGCCAUAUAAAGUUAAAUAAAUAAGUUGCAUACCUAUCCCCCACAAAGGAAUAUUUUUAUGCUUA